AUGUCGGACAGAGCCGAUUUUCUUGCUGGCAUCGCCGCCAGUGGUUGCGGUCCUCAGUUUGGCAUCUACGGCGACUUUGGAACUUUCAGUGGCCCUUACCCGGAUCCAUCUCCUCCCGGCGGAGUCUUCGGUAUCUCUGACUACGACAUGUCUGACGACUCACGUCCUUCCGGCGAUGAAGAAUCCUCCGAUGCCGACGAUUCCACCUCAGAAGCUUCCGAGACAGACGAAACAAGCAAAUCCGCGCUCAAGAAGAAAAAGAAACUUGAUGCACACGCUAAGAAGCAGCUCAAGCUCAAGGAAAUUCAGGAUCGCAAGCUCAAGAGACAGAUGUUCCAUCUCCAUCUUGACAAAAGCCCCAGCAAAGCCUUCACUUCGAUAUCUGGCGUUGCGAGACAAAAUCUUGCUCGCAUUUCGAGGGAGGCACGCGCUGGGUUCGGCAAUUCCAAGAUGAAGAAGCUCAAGCAUCUCAGAUGGGCAUUCCAAACCUUUACCCCUGCUGGUUAUGCCAACUAUGUUCACAUCCUUGGUGUUGACAAGGAGAUGCAGACACGAUUGAGUCACCCGGAACUCGACGAAGAGCCAUUCGAGGAAGAUUCGCUUGGACAAGAGGACCUUACCUACCCUAUGAAAAGAAUCAGACGCAGCGACAUCAAGAAGAUCAAGAGAGAGAGUAAUCUCAGCCACAAAGAGCAGAGAGCUGCUAAAGCUGCCAGGAAACGUGAGAGGUUCGCAGCUCAGGCCCGUCCGUCACGUAAGGAAGCUUCGACUGCUCAGUUGAGGGCUUCGUGGGCCAGAAAGGAAAAAUUCCAAGAAAUGGUCAAGCUGAGCAAGGGAAAGGCUCACGAAGACCCCAAGACUCAGAAGCGCUUCUACGCAUGGGCCAGAAGACAAUUGGGCAAGAAGUGGGUUCCCAAGUUCAACAAGAUCUUCGGACCUGCAUGA